GCGCGUUGUCUUGUCCCUGCGUACUUGGCGAGCCUACAAUCUCACCCUUGUUUGGACUGCAUAUAAGGCUUGUCUAUUCAACUUUCAGAAGAUGACUUGUCAUGAACACUCAAUCACCUACAAUUCGUGUGAGGAUCAAUCAAAUUGAUUCUACGGUCUCAAAGGCCGGUCCUCUCGAUGACCCGGUUUUAGCACGGGCACCCAUUCUUCGAAUCUAUGGCAAGUCUUCCUUAGGGAAGAAGGUUUGCCUUCAUGUCCAUCAAGUAUACCCUUAUUUUUUCAUUGAGUAUAUUGGCAAAACGGACCCUGACAGUGUCAAUCAGUAUAUUGCCAGGCUCAUACAUUCUUUGAACCACGCAAUUGCCCUGUCUCUGAAACGCAAUCCAAGUUCGCCCAAUUCGAAAUUCAUUCGUGCAAUAAUUCUCGUCAAAGGAGUGCAUUUCUAUGGGUUCCACUCCUCGUAUUCACCUUUUUUGAAGAUACUAGUUGCCGACCCUGCAUAUUCUCAACGUGCGGUCACAAUCUUGCAGUCCGGCUCUGUCAUGAAAACUCGUUUCCGCAUAUAUGAAAGUCAUCUCAGCUAUAUAUUACAGUUCUUGUGCGACUUCGGCCUCUAUGGCUGUGGUUGGAUUGACCUCGCUGAAACCUGGCAACGAGGACAAGACGAAGAUGAUGAUGACACGGACAACUCCCCAGACUCAGCUGCAACAGCAUUCAAACCAUCCCCGUACUUCCGCGAAAGUCGCAUGCCACUUGAAUUGGAUGUUGUCGCACACCAGAUUCUGAAUCGACACAACAUGUCGUCGCGCAACCUACACCAUGAGCUCAAAAUUCCAGGUCCUCCUAUGCCGUCAGAACCUUUAGUCUUGAGCGUGCGUGAACUGUGGGAGGAUGAACGUCAACGUCGCAUGGCGAAAGGACUGCAACCUACGCCUGUCCUUCCAAAGGAUCGCAGCGCGCAAUCGAGACAACCGGAUAUUCACUGGGUUGCUGAAGCAAGAUGGUGGGAAGAGAUCAGAAAGCGUAUUGAACGCGAACGCGAUCAAGCUCUCCCUCCUUCCGGCGGAGGUGAAUGGGAACGAUGGGUUAUGACGACGUUCGAAAGUGUGGAAGUUCUAUGGGAGGGACCAUGGAGGAUAUGGAAACCCGCAAUUCAGAAAGAUGCUGCAGUAAUAGUUGUUUCCAAGACAGAUACAGAGGAGGCCCAGGAGAAUCCAUAUUCCCUUUCAGCGAGUAGCAUCUCUGAGAGGCGAGAAAAUGGUGGCGAGGGUGGAGACGUCGAGCUGGAGGUCGAUGAAGUUGUUCUAUCCAGUCAGGGCAUGGGUCACCUUGAAAUGGAAGACAUACAGUGGGACCGUGCGGAAGGUGGUCAACAAGAACGUGAAGACACAAUCCCAGAAGACGAUACCGCUGAGAAUGAAGAUCAGGUGGAUGAGCUGGUACAGCCGGUUAGUCCUACGAAAAGUGAACUCAGAACGCCAACCAGGGCCUCAACAGUCCAGAAAACAAAUGCAUUCCAAAGGGCGUGGGCCAAACUAGUGGGUGCUCCGCAACCUCGCUUUCCCUCGGUAACUUCAGAUAUCAGCCCGGCUAGAUCACGAGCCUCAACUGCGGCUCCGACCACACCGCCGAGAGUUCAACCUCCCAUAGAACUACCUCAGAACGGACCUGUAUACGAUGCGUCGCCUGACAAUCCCUUUUUGGAUCGCACACCCAGAGCGAAAGUUGCCAGUGGGCUGUCGCCAAAUAUCAAAGCACAGGUGCUAUAUGAGCAGUUAGAGGCAUCAACCAAAAGACAUCGACAUCCUGAUGCUGCAGGGCAAGUUCAAGAAGAUGACACAACGUCGGACUCCACAACAGACUCGGACUCGAACUUGGCAGUGAAUAAUACCAAUGGCACCCAACGUUUAUCUUACCGGCACGAACAAACCGAAGUCGAUUUUUAUUCGCCCACAAAUGUCUCCUUCGAAAGAGAUACCUCGGAUAACAAUAGUGCAAAAGAUGUGGAAGAAAGGCCCACCAAGCGGAUUAAAUUGACCGUAGGGGACGAUGACCUCAAUCCUUUCGCACCAGAACCAGAGCAUCUACUGAUCAAUGCUACUGUACCUCGCUAUGAAAGACCAGUCGAACACGUCGCAGAAACGUAUACCUCACUUUCUGAAAGUCUCAAGUCCAUGUCGAACUGCUACGAAUAUGCCAUCAAGCCACCAUCGACCUCAUACAUCGCUUCCAGCUUCGACGAUUUUGGUUUACCAAGCAAAAUAUAUCGCCAUCCCUAUUAUUCUGUAGAAAGCGACGCACCGGAACACCCUCGAGAAUAUGCCGGUUUGGUUUACAAUCUCCAAGGCGGCGAGGGAAUAGCCACCCUAGAAGAAUGGGUGCCAAGUGCCGAUCAGGAGACAACGGAUAUCGUACCUCGUCAAACCCAACUAGGUGGCCCUGAGGCGAAUAUCUGGGGCUGGGAAUAUGCCAGUGUCCCUCCUAGCGUGAAGGAGGUGCGGCGAUGGCUUGGAGCAGAAGGUGCAGCCUUGUCUAUCAAGGCUAAGCCAAAGGUUCACUCUCAGAUUGAAGGGCCCACUCAAGCAAAUCCAUACGGGAUGAAUCCUACAAUUGCUCCACAGAAAUCCACUUCUAUGAGGGAGAAGGGUAACAUGGAGAUUUUUGCCCUCGAGGUAUUUGCACCUUCGCGUGAUGGGAAGCUGCCAGAUCCUGGAAAGGAUGAAGUAGCAGCUGUCUUUUGGUCUUUCUACGACUCGGAUUCUCAACUGAACGACUCUUUCUCCUGCGAGUCGGGCGUUGUCGUCGUCGACAAGCCGCAAAUCGCCUCGCGUAAACUCCGAGACUGGUCGCUUGAUGUCGUGGGGAGCGAACUGGAUUUGCUCAAUAGAGUAGUUGACGUUGUUCAAGAACUCGAUCCUGACAUCGUUGUAGGAUGGGAUGUUCAAGCUGCCUCAUGGGGCUAUUUGAAUGCCCGGGCUAAGAUGUAUGAAUUCGAGCUUGACGAGCAUCUGUCCCGAGCGCCCAGUCGUACGUCGAGCGGGAGGAUCGACAGAUGGGGCAUGCGAACAACAUCCACCUUCAAAGUCGUUGGACGGCACGUCUUGAAUUUGUGGCGCAUCAUCCGUGCCGAGCAAAACUUCACAACAUACUCAUUCGAACACACAGUUUUCCAGUUUCUUCGUAGACGGACACCCCGCUACUCUUCUCUCACUCUGACAUCAUGGUACCAUAGUCACGUCCCAGAGCACGUAUCCCGACUGCUCCGGUAUUUCGCUCAACGAACAUCUAUGGUCCUGGAGAUCAUUGAUAUUGCUCAGAUUGUAACUAAAACUGCAGAGUUCGCCCGCGUAUACGGAGUCGACUUCUUCUCUGUACUCAGUCGCGGUUCUCAAUUCAAGGUUGAAGCAUUCAUGUUUCGAAUAGCCAAGCCCGAAAGUUUUGUAUUAUUAUCUCCUAGUAGAGAAGACGUAGGCAAGCAGAAUGCAGCAGAGUGUAUGCCCCUCAUCAUGGAGCCACUCUCUGCAUUCUACAAUAGCCCAGUCCUUGUAUUGGACUUCGAAUCACUGUAUCCAUCCGUCAUGAUCGCAUAUAAUUAUUGUUAUUCUACUUGUUUAGGUCGAGUCGUUGAUUUCAAGGGACAAAACAAGUUUGGCGUUACGGAACUUCGUCAGCCACCUGGAUUACUCGAUACUCUGAAAGACCACAUCAACGUGGCACCUAAUGGACAUAUUUACGUCAAACCAGAAGUACGAAAGGGCCUUCUGGGACGCAUGCUCACGGAAUUGCUUGAUACCAGAGUAAUGGUCAAACAAGCAAUGAAGGGGGUGAAAGAUGACAAGGCACUCGGAAGAAUCCUGAAUGCUCGACAACUAGGCCUCAAGUUCAUAGCCAACGUCACUUAUGGCUACACCAGUGCGACCUUCUCAGGACGUAUGCCUGCUGUUGAGAUCGCAGACUCGAUUGUUCAGAGUGGAAGAGAAACACUGGAGAAAGCUAUCCGCACUAUAGAUUCCACCAAGAAGUGGGGAGCGAAAGUGGUGUAUGGUGAUACAGACUCGGUUUUCGUUUAUUUGCGCGGAAAGACCAAGGAGCAGGCGUUUCGUAUCGGUCAGGACAUGGUGGACACUAUCACCGCGAUGAACCCUGCUCCAGUCAAACUGAAGUUCGAAAAGGUGUAUCUUCCAUGCGUUCUUCUGGCCAAAAAGCGUUAUGUCGGGUUCAAAUUCGAGAAUCCGGAUGAUGUCGAACCUGUAUUCGACGCUAAGGGUAUCGAGACAGUUCGUCGAGAUGGCGUUCCUGCUCAGCAGAAGAUGGUUGAGACGUGCUUGAAGAUAUUGUUUCGGACACAAGACCUUAGUCGAGUCAAGGACUACUGCUGCAACUCGUGGGCACGGAUGUUAGAGAAUAGAGUGUCCGUGCAAGAUUUCGUCUUCUCUAAGGAAGUCAAGAUGGGCACAUACAGUGACAAGGUCCCACCCCCACCUGGUGUCGCUGUUGCUGCUCGACGUAUGGUUGAAGACCCCGGAUACGAGCCACAAUACGGUGAACGUGUUCCGUACGUGAUUAUCCGAGGAAAGCCUCUACAACGAUUAGUGGACCGUGCGGUUUCCCCGGAAGAAGUCUUGAAUGACAGUCAUAAAUACAUUGAUGCGUCAUAUUACAUCUCUCGGGUACUGGUCCCUCCGCUGGAGCGUAUUCUCAACUUGGUUGGAGCCGAUGUUCGAAGUUGGUACGACGAGAUGCCGAAGAUACUCCGUGCAGAUCAACCAGAUGCUCUUCUCCUCUCUCCGAGAAAGCCGCUUAACUAUGUCGACAUGGCGAAUAGAUUGAGCAUUGACGAGCAUUUUCUGAGCUCACGUUGUCUUACCUGUGACGAACCUACACCAUAUGGUGUAUGUUUGAACUGUCGUCGACAAGAGCAGUCGACGAUCACUGGACUGUUGGGCAGAAUCAAAAAAACGGAAAUCAAGCUGAAAAACAUUCAGGCUAUUUGUUCUUCCUGCCAGUCCACACCAAUGGCAGAACCCAUUCAAUGCGAGUCACUGGAUUGUCCUUGGCUCUUUGAAAGGAAGAAGAUUGAACAUAAGACAGAAGCUUUGAGCGCCAUCGAAGAUUAUGUCGAAGAAGUCCAGGAGGGUGUUUACCCAGCUUCAGAUAGCGAUUCUCAAGAGUCUAUCAUUUUGCAAGAAGGGGACGAGGGAGAGUAUUCAUCCACAAUCCACUAUAUCAGUGACUAGUUGAUAGAAUGGGUCAACUCUUUGCGAAUCAACUCCUUGGUCAUUUGCUCUCUCUCAUCAAAAAUCUUGAGAGCAUCCACUAACUUGCGAGUGGCCUCUUCGUCAGCAGCCAAUGAUGAUCGUAGAGCCUCAGCACCAUCAGCGAGGUAAUCGGCACUUAUCGUACCUAUGCCAGACGGAAAAUCAGUAACUGGAUGCGUUCGAAAGAUGCAGGUGAAAUUGACCUCGCAGGCAGGCUGAUGAUUCAAACUCAGACGAAGUUGGGAUUUCGCCUGAGCUUUCCGUAGCAGCCAACUUGUCUAGGACGGCUCCUGAUAGUGUCAGAUGAUGAGGACGAAGAGACGCCAAGGCGACGACCUUAUAUUAUGGCUUAGAUUAUAGAACAUGCAGUGUCAUGUGGAACAUACCUCUUCUGCAGUGACGAUACUGUAGAGCUAUAGUGAAAUCUUUGCCUCAAUAAACGCAAAG